CUUUUGAGAAGGUACCAUUGGAUCUCUAGGGAAUGAUUGAAUGCGCUUAGUGUAUUGGUUUGGGUUCUUUGCUGCACAGUUCAUGCUUUGUUCCAGCACCCUCCAACCGGUUACCGGCCGAUUUCACGCCCCUUGGGUGCAUGGCCUGGAGCUCUGUCGAUGUCCAAGAUGAUGUGGAAUUCCGAUUCGAUGCAUGUGAAGAAGCAGAUCGAGAGAGACAAACACCUUCCAAAAAGUGGUUCGGACAGCAGCGGCACCCAUGAAUCCUUCCCAGUGCAUGGUUUGGCAGACACAGAUGGCUGCAAACGAAAAGCUUCGGCCGUUUUGGGAGGGUACGAAGUUGAAGAUGGUGGAAGUUUGGGAGGAUACGAAGUUGAAGAUGGUGGAAGUGAGGAGCACAGCCCUCUUGGAAGGUUCACAGGGAGCUUUCGUGGAGAGGUGGACAAGAUACAUCAGACCAAAUCGGACUUAGCAUCCAAACCAUUGAAAGGAGGCAAGCUCGUCCUGAGACCAUAUGGCCUAGAUGAGAAAGCCUCAGCCAAAGCAGAGCUCCUCCAACGAGCUUUGGAAGGUCACUUUGAGCUGGAAGGCCCUGGGCGGAAGGUUGUGGUCGGAGACCAAGUGGUGGAAUUGGAUUUCCUAUGUGCCAAGAUGGAGGAAAGUGAGGUUGACUACGUCAAAACCUUGCACCGCGACCGUGAAAGGACCAUUGAUGUAUCUGUGGUGAAGACCAGCCGCUUCGGUGAAGUCGUCAGGAAGACAUACCUGACGCAGACCAUGCAUCGAUUUCGACGACAUUCAUGUCUUCAAGACCAACUCCUCUAUGAGGCCGCAAUCAUCAAGUCCUUGUCAAAGGUCGAGGGAGUGGUUCCAGUUUUGGCUUGGUCCAAGUGCUCACCCAAGUGGUUUCCUGGGUGCGACACCUACCAGCUGCGUAGUUUGUACUUUCCAUACAUAGACGGCAACCAUUCACCCAAAGAGCCACAGGACAUUCACUUGUACAUGAAGCAGUUGCUUCAGGUGCUUGAUGCUCUACACCUUCGUGAAAUUGUUCACUGCAAUAUCAAGCGCGAGAAUGUGCUUUAUGCUGACGGAAAGCUCACCUUGAUUGACUUUGAGUCAGCUGUGAACGAACACGAACUUGUUGACAUGGGCAAUUCAGAGUAUGGCAAUGACUUGGAGGUGUGCUACCGAUCCAACCCCUACCACAGUGCUCCAGAAGUGUUGAUACCUCAAACCGGCCGAAGCAAGCAUGGCCACAAUGUCUUGUACGGACAUCGGCGGGAUGUGUAUGGUGCAGGCAUUAUCCUAGCUGAGUUACUGCUUGGAAUGGAUGAACAUACUCGACUUUUCUAUCAUAGUCAUAGUGAAUAUGGCCGUCGCAGUCAUAGUGAAUAUGGCCGUCGCAGUCGCGACCGGGUCAAUCUGCUCUUCCGGGUCAAUCUGCGCAAACAAUUCCAUGAGAACUUGCGUGGUCGCCGAGGGAACAUGCAAGAGGCAUUGGAUGGUUUGCGAAUGUAUGGCAAGCUUAAGGGAACCAUGUUUUACAAGUGACUCGGUGAAUUCCUUGGCCGUAUUUAAUUAUAUAAUGCCUGUGAGCCAAGCCACCUGUAUUUGAUUGCAGCUGUGCUUUGUGUAUCUGCAACGAUGUUUUCAAUCUGUUGCAUUGUUCUCAUUUUCCCAAAGCCAGCUUUGUAGAUGUUAUGUUACAGUAUAUACUCUUUCAAGAGAAGUGAGGCACGGAGCUGAUCUUGUUAAGC